AUGCCAGAACACAUCAUCACCCACAGCGGUACCUUCCACGCCGACGAAGCACUCGCCGUAAACCUCCUCCGCAAACUCCCCCGCUUCGCCUCUGCUCCCCUCACCCGCACCCGCGACGCCUCCACCAUCGACUCUGGCUCCAUCGUCGUCGACGUAGGCGCCACCUACUCCCCCGAAACCCACCGAUACGAUCACCACCAACGUGGGUUCGAAGAGGUCUUUGACGAGAACCACUCGACCAAGCUUUCCUCCGCCGGACUCGUCUGGAAGCACUUUGGUCGAGAGAUCAUCUCGACUCAUCUGCAGCUCGAUGCCAAUGCGCAGAAGGAUGUCGUCGAGCUGCUGUGGUUGAAGAUGUACGACGACUUUGUCGAGGCUAUCGAUGGCAUCGACAAUGGUAUCUCGCAGUAUCCGAGCGAUUUGAAGCCAAAGUACAAGAGCAGGACCGAUCUCAGUGCCAGGGUGGGGUAUCUCAACCCUAGCUGGAAUGAGAAGUCGGACAGUGCUGAACUCGACUCCAGGUUCGAAGUCGCAAGCGCUAUGGCUGGCAAGGAGUUCUUUGACAGACUCAACUACGCCUUCAACGCAUGGCUGCCUGCUCGCCAAGUGGUCGAAGAUGCACUCAACAGACGCACCCACCCUCAGCUAUUGGUGUUUGACGAGUUCGCCAGCUGGAAAGAUCACCUGUUCGAUCUCGAGAAGCACCUCAACAUCGCCCCCACGGAGAAGCCUAUCUACGUCGUCUACCCGGAUGAGAGCGGUAAAUGGCGUAUCCAAGCCGUACCCGUCUCCCCCGAAUCGUUCGUCUCGCGCAAGGCGCUUCCCGAGCCAUGGAGGGGUAUCCGAGACCAAGCGUUGUCCGACCUGACGGGUAUCCCUGGGUGUAUCUUUGUGCAUCAGUCUGGAUUCAUCGGUGGAAACGCGACGCGGGAGGGCGCUUUGAAGAUGGCCAAGGACGGGUUGGCGCACACGGGUGUUCCCUUCAUCCACUCUGCCACCGUCGGUGAUGCUGCAGACGGUGGGCAUACGCACAGCCACGAUCACGGCCACACGCACGACAUCAUGGACCAUCCUGGAAAGUUCAACGAUCGAGAGCUGCCCAACUACGAGAAUCGAAACUGGAACGAACGCGCCUUCACCGUCGGUAUCGGUGGACCUGUCGGUUCGGGUAAGACUGCGCUCCUCUUGAGCCUCUGCCGAAAGCUCCGGGAUCGCUACAACAUUGCGGUGGUGACCAACGAUAUCUUUACGCGCGAAGAUCAGGAGUUCCUGCGCAAGCACUCUGCCCUCAACCCCACGUCCAAAAUCCGAGCCAUCGAGACAGGUGGUUGUCCGCACGCAGCUAUCCGCGAAGACAUCUCCGCCAACCUCGAGGCGCUGGAACAGCUGCAAGCCGAAUUCGAGACCCAACUCCUCUUCGUCGAAUCCGGAGGUGACAAUUUGGCUGCUGCGUACUCGGUCGAACUCGCCGACUUCCACGUCUACGUCAUCGACGUUGCCGGUGGCGACAAAGUACCCAGAAAAGGUGGACCGAGUAUCACGCAGAGCGACGUACUGGUGGUCAACAAGAUCGAUCUCGCCGAUAUGGUCGGUGCCGAUCUGAGCGUGAUGAAGCGCGAUGCGGAUAGGGUGAGGGAUGGCGGACCGACGGCGUUCACCAGUGUCAAGCUGGAUCAGGGCGUGGAUGCGGUGGUCGAGAUGAUUCUGAGUGCGAGGAGGAUCGCGGGCGCUGAUAAGGCGGGUAAGCCGGUGGCUUAG